AUGGCGGAGCAACACGCAGCCAGCGACGGCAAGCACAAAGCGUCCACCAACGCCGGGGGCUCGGUGCACGGGAACAGUCGACCCGGCGCCGCGGGUGGAGGAGGGGGCAAAGGAGGCCUGUCUGGCGGACUGACACAGCCAGCUGGGUGGCAGUCUUUACUCUCGUUUAGCAUUCUUUUUCUGGCCUGCCUGGCGGGAUUCAGCUCCAGACUUUUUGCGGUGAUCCGGUUCGAGAGCAUCAUCCACGAGUUCGACCCGUGGUUCAACUACAGAUCAACACAUCAUCUCACCACCAAUGGCUUCUAUGAGUUCCUCAAUUGGUUUGACGAAAGGGCUUGGUACCCCUUGGGCAGGAUCGUUGGUGGCACAGUGUACCCAGGGCUAAUGGUGACAGCAGGCCUUAUCCACUACGUGCUCAACAUGCUCCACAUCACCGUCCACAUCCGCGAUGUUUGCGUCUUUCUAGCUCCGGUGUUCAGCGGUCUGACCGCCAUCUCCACCUUCCUGCUGACACGGGAGCUGUGGAACCAGGGUGCAGGGCUGCUGGCAGCCUGCUUCAUCGCCAUCGUACCUGGCUAUAUAUCCCGCUCUGUUGCUGGCUCCUUUGACAACGAAGGCAUCGCCAUCUUCGCCCUGCAGUUCACCUACUACCUCUGGGUGAAAUCAGUGAAGACAGGCUCAGUAUUCUGGACCAUUGGCUGUUGUCUCUCCUAUUUCUACAUGGUUUCGGCGUGGGGAGGUUAUGUGUUUAUUAUCAACCUGAUUCCACUGCAUGUGUUUGUGCUGCUGCUGAUGCAACGCUACAGCCGGAGAGUCUAUAUCGCUUACAGCACUUUCUACAUUGUGGGGCUCAUACUGUCCAUGCAGAUCCCUUUUGUCGGCUUCCAGCCAAUCAGGACGAGUGAGCACAUGGCUGCCGCUGGUGUGUUUGCACUUCUCCAAGCCUAUGCGUUCCUCCAAUACCUAAAGGACAGGCUGACCAGACAGGAAUUCCAGACACUGUUCUUCCUCGGAGUCUCUCUCGCUGCCUGUGUGGUCUUCCUCACGGUGAUCUAUCUCACAUACACAGGAUACAUUGCUCCUUGGAGUGGUCGUUUCUAUUCUCUCUGGGACACCGGUUACGCUAAGAUCCACAUCCCCAUCAUAGCGUCUGUGUCAGAGCACCAGCCGACGACGUGGGUGUCCUUCUUCUUUGACCUCCACAUCCUGGUCUGCACCUUCCCAGCAGGCCUGUGGUUCUGCAUCAAGAACAUCAAUGAUGAGCGUGUGUUUGUGGCCCUCUAUGCCAUCAGCGCAGUCUAUUUUGCUGGUGUGAUGGUGCGUCUGAUGCUGACUCUGACUCCAGUCGUGUGCAUGCUGUCAGCCGUGGCUUUCUCCAGCGUCUUUGAGCAUUACAUGGGAGACGACACAAAGAGGGAGAAACCCCCCGCUGAGGACAGCAGCGACGAAGAUGACAAGAGGAACUCCGGGAAUCUCUAUGACAAGGCUGGCAAGGUGCGCAAACAUGUGUCAGAGCAGGAGAAAGCAGAGGAGGGGUUGGGUCCAAAUAUAAAGUCCAUAGUUACUAUGCUCAUGUUGAUGCUGCUCAUGAUGUUUGCCGUCCACUGCACGUGGGUCACCAGCAACGCCUACUCCAGUCCCAGUGUGGUGCUCGCCUCAUACAACCAUGACGGGACACGUAAUAUCCUGGAUGACUUCAGGGAGGCGUACUACUGGUUGAGACAGAAUACAGAUGAGCAUGCACGUGUGAUGUCCUGGUGGGACUAUGGUUAUCAGAUAGCGGGCAUGGCCAACAGAACCACUUUAGUGGAUAACAACACAUGGAAUAACAGUCACAUAGCGCUGGUGGGGAAAGCCAUGUCUUCCAAUGAGAGUGCAGCCUACCAGAUCAUGAGGUCACUGGAUGUGGACUACGUGCUGAUCAUCUUUGGAGGUGUAAUUGGUUACUCGGGCGACGAUAUAAACAAGUUCCUGUGGAUGGUGAGGAUAGCCGAGGGAGAGCACCCUAAGGACAUCAGGGAGAGUGACUAUUUCACUCCUCAGGGAGAGUUCAGAGUGGACAAGGCCGGUUCACCAACUCUGCUCAACUGCCUCAUGUACAAGAUGUCCUACUAUCGAUUUGGUGAAAUGCAGCUGGAUUUUAGGACGCCGCCUGGCUUCGACCGGACACGCAACGUUGAGAUCGGCAACAAGGACAUUAAGUUCAAGUACCUGGAGGAGGCGUUCACUUCAGAGCACUGGCUGGUCAGGAUCUACAAGGUGAAGGACCUGGAAAACAGAGAGCCACUCGACCACAAGCUUCGGAGUGCUGUGCCCAAGCAGAAGUACACUUCCAAAAAGACUGCCAAGAGAAAGCGAGGGCACAUCAAGAACAAACUUGCCCUCAAGAAGGGCAAGAAACUCCAAAAAAAAUAACGGUGACGGAUCCUGAACUGUAGGAGAACAAACGCGAAGAAACCUCUAACAACCAAUGAAGAUGAACACAGGUGCUGUUUUACCUGGCACUUGGUCUCCAGCGCUUGUCGUUAGAGCGCCCUCAUGUGUCGAGGAAGUGUCAUAUCUGGCUAGCUCCAGAAUUGUCGUCCGUUUUUAUCCUGAGGACGUUCGUCUUGCUUUUUUUUUUCUUCUGUUUUUGUUUUUUUAGUUUUUUUUUUACUUUGUACUUGAAUGUGUGGCGAGGCAUAGGGCUGCUCUACUUGGUUCAGCGUCGGUUUAAUUUUUGUGAUGUUAAUUAACUGCUUAUCAGUACAGGGAUCGGGUGAAGGGGGAAACAAGAGAAGACUAGGAACAUUUGCACCAAAGACCCAUCGACCUUGCUCCGUGGCACAUGUGAACUCAUUACUGGGAGCGAGGAAGCAAAGCAGUGAAAGCUGAGGACUUUGUUCCUGACUCGUGUACAGAGGACAGUAUGCGGUAUGGAGGAACGCCAACGUCUACGCACAGCCCUUCUGUAAUAUUAACCUUUUUGUCAUCGACUCCUUUCUGUCUGCCUGGCUUCCUGACCCCUGUUUUUCCCACAGAUUCUUUUGGGGAAAAGAAAUUGGCCUAAUAUGUAAAUAUGCGAUAUAAAGAAAAUGUCUAAAAGGAUGAUAAUAUAUUGGAUUCUUGUGGUGACUUAAAUAUGCAGUUUCUGAUUUUUCUCAGUUUCUUUGUGUGAUCGUUUUUUUGUUUGACAGCAAUUAGAACAGUGAAUGCAAUAAUUCUUGUACAGAGGGGCUCGAGAUUUUUGUUGAAAGGAUGAAUUUGAAUGUGAAUUUUUACACCUCUUUUUUUUCCCCCCCUAAAAUGCAUAGAUUGUACAUUUCUGCUGCUAGGGUUUUAAAGACGGAAACAAGCAACUGUGUGUAAAAAGUAGUGAUAAUAAAUUAGGCCCCCCUUCCUGUGCGGGGGGGAGCUCUCUAGUUCAAGUGAGCAAAGCCUAGUGCCUCAUCGCUGGUCAUCACCUGAUUUUUAGUUCGUGGCUGUCUAGUUUUGUUUAAGCUCAUCGUGUGUCGUCAGUAUGGCGGCCUGGCUGCGUCAACCAGACUGAGGCAUUUGGAAACUGGAAAUUCUCACGAGAUUUGCAACUGGACUGGUGAACUGUGAAAGGGGGGUGGGGGGUAACUGGUAACUGGCACUGAAACUAGAAAAGAUGAACUGAAUGGGAAACUACAAUUGACUUCCAUCUUUGCUUGUAACUCAGAUGGAUCAGUGAGAGUAAUAGACAAAUGUUUCUGUGGUACUCUGAAGCUGUGUCCCAGUCUUGUACUGUGUGUGCUACUACAACAGUAAUAGUUGUGUUUCAGCCCCCUGAUGUAUACAGACAUGUACAGGUAUUCGGAUGGUGAAUAAUUUCCCAGGUAAUGGUUUUUCCCGAAAAAGGUCCUCAAAGCCGACUGCGGUGUCUUUAAAGUGCCCCGUUUUUGUUCUUUGACUCUGCUGGAGUAGCUUUGCAUGAUUCACAGUUCAAACUAAUUCUUAUUUAAUCUGUGAAACCUCUUAGAUUGUCCUGAAACUAAGUCUGUCUGCCCCUCACAAGCAGAAGGUUGUGUGCCUGAGAUGACAUCAUACAGAGCCAAAACUAGAAAGACUGCUUAAUAUGAGCAUCCACUGUUGUAUAUAUGAAUGGAGAGAUCUGCCAACUCCUUACAUUUAAAAAGCUAUUAGAUGACAUUUUACUUUUAAAAUAUCCCAGUAAAUUCAUCCGUCCGCUCACAAUUCAAUUCAAUUUUAUUUAUAUAGCGCCAAAUCACAACAAACAGUCGCCUCAAGGCACUUUGUAUUGUGGCUAAAGACCCUACAAUAAUACAGAAAAAACCAACA